UCAGUUUUGAGUGAAUCGUGCAAUCAGACGGACUCAUUUCCAUUCUAAUAUACAAUAUUUUUUGUGUGUGAAUUAAUUGCUUAGUAUACAACUUUAAAGGAUAUUUCUAAGGAAGAGCUACUUUUUAAGUUUGGACCCUUUUUGACGACAAUCUUACACAAAUCAAUCACUUACAAGAUGAACCAUCAUUUUUGGUCGGACAAUUCUACCUUCCACUCACCAAGUGAGUGUAUAACGGACAAAAUGCGACCAGUAAGUGCUAUGUCUAGGAAUGAAAGCGAGAUGAUGAAUAAGAGCAAGAGGGUCUUGGCAUCUGGCAACGUUGGUGAUUCUGUUGAUAAGCUGAGACACUUGUGUUUAGCUAGAGGUGCGACUGGCAUUAUGGGUUUGGGCAGAUGUUUCCGUAGAAUUGACGAUAACGGCGAUAAGAACUUGAGCUUGGAAGAAUUCAUCAAAGGCUUACAUGACACUGGAUUACACGUGUCAAAUGAAGAAGCAGCAGAAAUUUUCAACAAAUUCGACACUGACGGCUCGGGAAAUAUUAACAUGACGGAGUUUCUAUUUGGAAUAAGACCUCAUAUGUCGGAAUCGCGCAAACGUAUUGUUAAAGAAGCAUUUAAAAAGUUGGACAAAACUGGCGAUGGGGUCAUCACUAACGAUGACUUGAAGCAUGUAUACUCGGUAAAGUCACAUCCAAAAUACAUCAGUGGCGAGGAAACAGAAGAAACAAUCAUGCAGAAGUUCCUCGCGAAUUUUGAAGAAGGUGGUGAAGUUGAUGGUGUUGUUACUGAAGAGGAAUUUGAAAACUAUUAUGCAGCUGUUUCAGCCUCAGUUGAUAACGAUGGCUAUUUCGAUCUGAUGAUUCGACAAGCAUACAAACUGUAAACGUCUCUCUUAAUAACUUUUUAAAAUAUAUUUCUUUUAUCUUGUCUGUGCCAUCAUGCGUGUGAAGAUAUGUAUGUGCCAUCAUGCAUACGUGUGAGGAUAUUUAUAUGGAGCCGAAAUUAAAGCGCAAAAAUAUUAACAGUUUUAAUUCUUUAAUGUCUAAAUUUUGGUCGGUUCAUGAAAGGAAACAAAAAUAAUAAAAAUUUGAAUUUUAAAAGUUAAA